AUGCCUCAGCUCAUCAGCACUGCCGGCAAGGCUUUGCAGAUAUGCAGUGCAUGCUUAAAAUGCAAGAGUUGUGAUAGCAGUCGUGUCAAUAAAUUUGUUGGAAGUCUCCCAUUCUGCCGGCCUUGUUUCAAGCUACGACAGAAAGGCAACUACUGUCCUUUGUGCCAAGCAUGUUAUAGGGAUAAUGAUUUCGAUAGCAAGAUGAUGGAGUGUGGCUGGUGUGCAAGAUGGGUACAUGCAAGUUGUGAGGGUCUAUCAGGGGAAGGAUAUCAACUAUUAUCUGCAUUACCUCCUUCUAUUGAAUACAUAUGCUGUAAGUGUAUGCCUCACGAUCCGCCGUGGCGGAAAAUGCUCACUGAACACCUCAAAACAAGACUUUUGCACCUAUUAAAACUUCUUGCGAAGAAUAAAAAAGCCUGCGCUUUAUUGAAACUUACGCCUCACAAGAAUACACCCGUCCCAAAUAAACCUUACCGACUUACAUCACCACAAGCAAUUAGAAAACUCCACUUUGAUACUGGAGAUGAAACAAUGAAAAAUACAACCGAAACAAAGGUAUAUAGAAACACUGCAAAGGGACGACGGAAUAAUAACAAUGCCCAGAAUAAGUCUGAUGAAGCAAAUACUACACAGGCAUGGCAAUGUCCAUCUUUACUUAAAGAUGUUGAAAUGGGAAAAGAGGAUAUUCCACACACAUCUCAUAAAGUAGUCAACUUACAAGAACCCUUAAUGCAGAACAAAGAAAUAUGUUUUUCUACUGGUCUUUACAGUACUAAAACAGAUUUUAAUACACCAUGCGUUGAAGUACACGAAAAUAAUCUAUCACAAAAAGAAGAAAAGAUCGAAGCACCUACAUUGCACGACAGUAAAUAUGAACCAAUCUCUGAUGACGACGAGCCUAUUAAACGGUUUCCACAAGCUCGAAGUGAACAGGAUCUAAGUCCUGCAAUUAUAAGGCAAUCAAAUCAAGAUGACAUGGAAGAUAUAAGCCGAUUUAUUUCACCAUCAUUAUUGGAUAUUAAAAAACGGGUUAACAGUGAUGAAUAUAUUUCAUUAAAAGAUUUUAAUCAUGAUAUGAAGGAAGUGAUAGAGAGAACUGCAAGUGUAGAUUUGACGUCUAUUUAUAAAGACUUAUUUUCGGAAACAUUCCCAUGGUUUGAUUGUGAGAAUAAUUGCUUACAACCUAAUUUGGAAGUUGAAGGAGAGCAAGAAGAUACAGAAUCUCUUAAAGACCAUGAGAUGUCUGAUACAAAAGGUUUUAAAACGACUGUUCAUUCUGUUGAAAGGACACUUGAUCAAAUGGUUCCGAAAUUGGAAGCAGAAAGACAGAAAGAAGAAGAAGACUUAUUGGAAUUUUAUCCAGUAGCAGACUCUCGGAUAUGUAUCCUUUGUAAAUCCACUAGUGACGGGCUACCAUCUAUGGAAGGGCGCCUAUUAUAUUGUGGGCAAAAUGACUGGAUCCACGCCAAUUGUGCAUUAUGGUCUGCUGAAGUGUUUGAAGAAAUUGAUGGGUCACUCCAAAAUGUCCAUUCUGCAAUUUCAAGAGGAAAGAUGAUUAAAUGUGCUGCUUGUGAACUGAAAGGAGCUAGUGUUGGUUGUUGUGCAAAAAAUUGUAGUGAAACUUAUCACUAUGCAUGCGCUAGAAAAGCAAAUUGUGCAUUUAUGGAUGAUAAAAGAGUAUUUUGUCCAACUCACGGAAAAGACGUACCAAAAAAGAGUUUACAAAAAGAUGCUGACUUUGAAUUAACAAGACCAGUUUAUGUAGAACUUGACAAGAAAAAAAAGAGAUACAGUGAAAUUUGUAAAGUACAAUUUUUGAUGGGAUCAUUAUGUGUGAAUAGCCUGGGAAAAAUUGUACCGUCUGUCUCAGAUUUUGAAGAAUUUUUAAUGCCAGUGGAUUUCUCUUGCACUCGACUAUUUUGGUCUUGUAAGAAACCUACUAAAAUUGUACGAUAUACAAUAAAAACUAAACUAAUAUUAGCAGAACCAUUACCAGGAUUUGACUUUGGAGUUAAUAUAACAGUUGAUCACAGUAUGGAUGUGCAAAUUGUUGAACGAGUUAUAGCUGAAAUAGGCGCAUGGCAUCAGAGCUUAGAAACAGGUUCAAGUAAGUCGGUUUUAAUGCGUAAAAAUGACCGAUCACCGAUUAAAUUUGGAAAUGCCGUAACAUUAGAAGAUUUGGCGGUUAAACAAGUCGUUGAGUAUCUACUUGAUAAUGUCUGUAAACAGGAACAACAAGAUGAAGAAGAGCCCCAGAAUACAGCUGAUCUUUUACCACCAGAAGUGAAAGAUGCUAUUUUUGAAGACCUCAAUCACGACCUCUUAGAUGGAAUAUCCAUGCAAGAUAUAUUUCCCAAACUUAUGUCUUAUGAAGAUCUUGUUGCUAUGGAUUUAAAGAGUGAAUUCUAUGGAGUAAUGAAUCAAUCCGAUGAUAAGUCGGAUACGCGAUCUACAGAUUUCAUUGACGAAUUACUCAAUGCACGCCUGGAGUCUGGAAGUAAAGAGUUGAAAAGAAGUAAAUCUGAAAUGCUGUUACAAAACCAUAGCCUAAAAUCACUGACUACUGGCCGUGGGCAACAGAGAUCGUCUAGUUUGACGUGGAAUAAUAAGUUUGACACUAGCUUGCUUUCAUCUACUAUUAAACGUUGUAAGAUGGGAAAGUCUUCUACUGUGACAGGAAAAAUGAGCCCAGUACAGAGAAUACUUUUACCAGAGCCUACUCUUGAUGCAAUUAAAGAAACUGACAGGAACAAUUGUGAUAAAAAGGCUAAACAAGAAUCAGGAAGUACCAGAGAUUUAUGUUCUGAAACACCACAUACAUCAGGUAUUAACUAUCGUACUACAUCUCCAAAACAAAAAGAAGAAACUAGCAAUGAGAAAACUGAUAAAACCGAUGGAUAUUAUACGGAUGUUAUAGAUUUCUAUACAAAAAUACAAUGCAGUCCAAUUUCUCAAUUAGAUGGAGCUGCAGAUUGGUCUGGUUCUGAAAGUAAUUGUAGUUCGCGACCAGGCAGCCCCCAAAAUGAUUUUUCACCCAUUCAACAACUAGACGGAGCAGAGGAUCAUCUUGGUGACCAUACACCUAAAACAAACCAAUUUUUGUACAGAGCGUCAGGCUCUGAAAGCACAUAUACAGUUACAAUUGCUGGUAAUUCAAUCAGUGGGCAACCAGAAUUGGUUAUGCGUCCACUAGACGACAACUCUGCAUCUGGUCAAAUGGAGCAGUUAGUAAGGUGUGACAGAUGUCAGUGUACAUAUAGAAAUAAAGAAUCUUAUGACAGACAUAUUCCAUCCUGUGACAUGAUGUCCACAAGUGAAAGCGAAAGUGAAAAUCCAAAAUCCCCAGAAAAUCGAACAUUAACAACUUUGCAGAAUGCUUUUCAGAAUGCAUUUGCACAACCUAUGAUUAUCCACGCAGGUGUAGUAAGCGGUAGCGAAAAUACUGUGAAGGCAGAGUCUAUUUCUACAAGAAGAACAUCAAUAAACACGAGACAAAUAACGAUUAAUGGAACAAUUGUUGAAACUCCUUCCCCAGGGCCUAGUAACGAGAUGACAAUGACUAUAACAGAGCAAAUGAAAUCUGGGACUGUUAUAUUUGAUCAAAGUAAAACAACAAAUGUACAGGUUUCUUCAAAUCAGCAAGUUCUUUCAUCACCACAAAUCGUUGUUACUCCUCAAAUGUUAUUACCCCCAAAAACAAGUUCUGCAGGGGGACAAAAAUUAAUGGCACCCCAGAUUAUAACUCAGCCUGGCAUCCUGCCAUAUAAUAUCUGUGUCAAACCUGGAAAUGGAAAUGCAAAUAUUCAACAAAUUCAAAGUGGUGCUGACAUGACUCAUUUAUUAUCAGGUUCCGGUGGUAUUCAAGUAAUUGCCUCUAAUUCAAAUCAAGUUCUAACAAUACCAAAUCAGACAAUGAUUCAAGGGAAAAGUCAGAUAACUAAUUUUCCAAAUAUGGCAAGUGCUUCUUCAAUAGCAUUGCCUGUUAAUUCAAUUCAGAGUAUGCCAAAUACAUCUAUAAUACAAAAUAUUCAACCGAUGAUAAGGCCACAGAUUCAGGGCAAUCCUACAAUUGUUGUUCCAGCAAUGACCACGCAACGUUUGUCUUCGCCAAAUUCGCAACCUAAACAACAGAUACUACUACCCGGUACUCCACAGAAAUCGCCUAAGAAGCAACCUACACCUGUACAACCAAAACCAAUUUAUCAAGCUGCUAAUAGAGGACGGGGAAGAACAAUGCCUAAACCCACCAAUACAAUUAAAAGACAAACUAAAUUAGAAAAAACAAUAACAACUAUCAACCAAUCACCACUGGGUCCAGGAAACACUGUGAUUCAAUUACAAACAAAUAGUCAAACUGGUCAACCUUCAAUCAUAGUGCAACCAGUGGCAAAUCAGAAUAUAAUGUCAUAUGUAGAAGCAUUAUCACAGCAACAAAAUCAAAACAUGCAGUAUAUAGCUACUAUUGCUCCUCAAGGUGAUUUUAAAACGGGUGCAACACAAUUUAUUUCACAAGGCGGGCUUAUGCCCCAAACAUUCCAAAUACAACAGACAGAAUCAGGCGGGCUUGUAGCCGUUCCAAGUGGUGGCAUUCCUGUACUUCUUCCUCAAGGAAAUGUUGUACUUCCUCAAACACUUCAGCAGGGAGCUACCAUUCUACCUCAAGGCGCAAUACAAACUCAAGGAAUUCUAUCACAGGGUCCCAAUGGCCCAACUAUUUUGCCACAAGCAAUACACACCCAGAAUGGAACAACUAUAAUUCCCCAAGGAACAAUUCAGGGGCUAACACAAGGAAAUUUAACUUCUCAAACUGCAACACUUCUACCUAAUAACACUUUGCAAACAGCUGGGGCAACCGUCGUGCCCCAAAGCGGUAUUGGAAAUGGUCAAACAACAAUUAUUCCAAAUGCAUUGCAAUCUCAAGGAAAUACUAUAAUUUCUCCAGCAACUGGAACAACUAUAUUGCCACAGGGCACCUUAUUACCACAAUUUUGCAAUGAUCAAGUAAUUUUAGGAUCCACACCCACAUUAGAGAUGGUAACUGAUCCAUCUGGGUGUAUGUAUUUGACCACCCAGCCUGUGUACUAUGGAUUGGAAACUAUCGUACAAAAUACAGUUAUGUCAUCACAACAAUUCGUAUCAACUGCGAUGCAGGGUGUACUUGCACAAAACAGCAGCUUUUCAGCAACAACAACACAAGUUUUUCAAGCGAGUAAGAUAGAACCGAUAGUGGAGGUUCCAACCGGAUACGUUGUUGUCAAUAGUGUGGGCGAUGGGGUCACUACUCAAGUUGCUUCGUCUGCACCCAACGUAGUCACAGCCCAGUCAGUGCAAUCACCUCAAGUGCUGAAGAAUGUAAAGACGUCGGUACCCAACUUGACAUUACAACCGCUUCCUGAUAAGCAAACACAUAAUCGUCAAACGCCAAAAGUUGUGCAAAUGGGUCCUGCACAAAUGACCUUAGCAUCUCAAUCAGUCGCUAAUCUUAUAAGUGGAAAGCAUACACUUAAUCCAAUAACGUCCCAAGUCCAUAACAUGAGUUUAGCAAACAAUGUCCACAAUAUUCAGAAAACGAUUAUUUCAAAACAAAAUAAUGUUACAAUGUCUCCAAAUGUGACACUUGUAUCAUCUACAGGACAACCAGUAAUGGCAAUAUCCCAAUCAAUACCUAAUUCAGUAUCUGUUCCAUUUUCGAUGCAAUCAAUACCCCUAUCGCAGCCUAUUGUGUCAAGUUCAAUUUCUUCAAAUAAGAAUAACUCUUUGAAGAUGGAAAAUUCGCAUGUUAUCGAGAUUAGUGGAAACUUGAACGAAAAUUCCAACUGCAAUAGCUUGCCUACAAUAAGCGUCACCCAAAAUACUAAGUCACCAACACCUUGGAGGCAAAUGAAUCCUCCAACCAGUAUUAAUAUGGGAGAUAACAAAAUCGAGAUUCAUAACAUAGGUUUGAAAUCUAGUGUGGCUUCUAUGGCGACUAGUAUGAACAACACAAUAACUGGACGUCAAAUAUCUCACAUGGAAUUAGACAAAGCAAACCAAAAUUGUUUGCUAUCUAUUAAUAAUACUAAUUCGGGAUCUAAUUCGUUACAUCCACAUCAGUUUGAUACGAAUACGCAUAAUAAUCAUCAUUCAUCUGCAAACACAUCUAAUAAUAUGAUCCAAAUAUCUGCGGGAAACAUUUACUCUCCUGCGUGUUCAUUAUCGAAUAACUUUGAUGCUGAUACGACGUUGAAACUAAGUAAAAUAAAUGCGCUUUCCAAAACAGAAGGAGGCCAUAUGAACUUUUCACAAGAAAUAAUGGCAGCACAUUCGCAACAACACAAUAUGCAAAAUGAGAAAACAUUCCAGAAUAUGGGGAAUAACGACAAGCAUAAUACAGAUAAUUUGCUUGGUUCUAUGAGUAUUCAUAAAAUGAGCAGUUGCCAGGUUGCGAAUAAUAUGAAUAAUUCGUCUUCGCCAUCAAUAAGUAUAAUUCCCCACAAUACAAUACGGCCCCAGAUGCAAAGCAAUCAAAAUUCAAUCACUAUAACAAACAAUCAAAAUCAAAUGUGCGCCAUUUCAAGUGGUCAAAUGCAAAUUAUGAACUCUGUAAAUACAUCAAUGCAAAACGUUAAUAUGUCGUGUCAGGAACUAGCAAACAACAGAGUUAGCGUUUCCGCUCCAAAUGAAAACAAUUUACAACAAAGUAAUCAACAACAUGACAUGAACUCUUCAAUGAAUAGUUCAACUAUGACGCAUGGCAGUAUGCAAAUAAUUUCGCAUGACAAUUCUCAGAUGCCUCAAGGAAAUCAGAUACAUAUUAUGAAUGGACAAAUUCAGCAUAACCGUCAAGCAGAAAAUAAUCAUCUUCAACAACAACAACUAAAUUCCGUAUCAAAUAAUAGAUCUUACCACGAUAAUAUACUUACCAGUCAGACAAAUCAACACCAAUCAAAUUUAAUUUCUAAUCGCAGUACACCAGACAGUAAUAUGAUGAAUCAAAACAUAAAUUUACAUGGUUUGUCCAAUACCCAUAGUAUGAAUCGCUCCGAUAUUAAUAAUAUGGGCCAUAUGCAUAUGAAUCAAUCCUUGAAUAAUAUUAAUAACAUGCAAAAUAACAGAAUGAUGAUAGAUAACUUGCAACAACAUUCAUUAAAUAAUAUGAAUAACAUGAAUCAUCAAAUUCAUUCAAACCGAUCAAUGGAGUCUUUACAUAAUCAGCAAAUGCAUUCAAUGCAACAGCAAAUGAAUCACCAUGCAAAUAAUAGUGGCAGGUCACAGAUGGAAAGCAAUAUGCAUAUAAAUCAGCAAAUGUCAAUGCAACAAAACAGGCAAAUGGAGAACAUAAUGCAUCACCACCAGCAUCAAAUGCCGAACGUUAUGCAAAUUCAAAAUAACCGUUCACAUAUGGAGAAUAGUUUAAUGGAUAUGCAUCAACAUGUUUCAAAUCAAAUGCAUAGUCGACAGCAAAUUGACAACAAUAUGCAUAUGCAUCAUAUGCAAGGUAAUAAUUCAAACAUGAAUCACAGUAAUCAAAUGGAUAAUACGAACUCUAUGCCAUCAAUGCACAAUAUUCGACAUGAAAACAAUUCAAUGGUAAUGCAAAACCACAACUCCUUAAAUCAAAUUCAAAGUAAUAGAUCUUCUUUGGAACAUACGAAUUUAAUGCAACAUCAAAUGAAUAAUAUGAAUUCAGUGAAUAAUAUGAACAUGCAUAGCAAUAUGAACACUUCGAUGCAAAUAAACAACGCAAGUCAUCAACAAAUGAAUAAUUCCAUAAUGCAUAUGCCUAAUAUACCGGAUAUAAAGAAUGAAAUACAAAAUGCGUGCGGCGGUACUUGUUCUAACAACAGUUCCCAGUUUUCAAAUAACCAGUCAUUUGAAUUAUGUACGAAUAUGAACCCAAAUAAUAACCUCAACUUGAACAAUGCCGGAAAUAUGAUGCAUAGUUUGGGAAUAAAUAAUACCAAUAUGUCUAAUAACAUGAUGAUGAACAAUGUCAACAAUACUUCCAUAUAUGGUAAUAAUAAUCAAAACAACUUAUCUGCACAUGAUAUGUUGAUGAGUUGUAAUAGUUCUUCAGAUCAUAGCAAUCUAAUAUCGGGAAAUGCGAAUCAUAUGAUGAUGAAUAAUUCAACAUCACUUAGCAAUACUAAUCAAAAUCAAAUAUUGGGAAAUCAAGUUGCUAGUAACACACAAAUGAAUAUUAAUAGUUGCAUGAACUCCAGCAAUGCAACACAGAGCUCACUUUCAAAUAUUGAUAAUCAAAUUAAUAAUCGAAACAAUAUGACGAUUAAUGAAUCACCUAAAUUUAAUACCGAAAGCAUGAGAGGAAAAAAUAUAAUGACUUCAUCAAAUACCAAUAUGAAUAUUACAAACCUUCCGAAUAAUGAUUGUAGCAAAGUUAAUAUUGUUGGAGGAAGUGAUAAACAAAACCACACCAUAUCUGUAAGCAAUCAAAUGAAUUUCAUGCAAAUGAAUCCUCCAAAUGCCAAUCGAGUUAUUAAUCUACCUGAGAGGAAUAGAAUAAAUAAUUCUAAUCUAGAUGGUGCGUUAUCUCAAGUACCUCAACAACACAACAUCCGAGUAGUCACUAAUAAUACCAAUAGUAAUGUGUCUGGUAUCACGCCGGAUCCAUUAACAUUCCAACAGAAAACUGAAUCAAACAGUACAAUGAUAAAUGUUCCGUUCCAGGCAAUACCAAACAGUGCUCCAAUGAACAUUAACGUGAACUCUAGUAAUAACACUGUUAAUAUCACUGUACAAAAUAAUCUAGUGGAUCCAAAGAUCGCAUCUAAAGCUGCUGAUCUCAACUUCCCGCUUCCUUCCUCCACCAAUUUAUUACAAAAUCAAAAUAAUACGAAUAAUAUGAUUUGCAUUCCUGUGCAAAAUAGCACAAUAAAUUUGCCAACUCAGAAUAGUACCAGUAUUACAUUACCAAAAGCACCACCGACACAGCAAUCUGGCAUACCAACUAAUGUUGUCAAUCCAAUGUCAAUGAGACCUAUGAAUCGGGUUUUACCUUUACAUAGAGAUGGACAAAGUAAAGUUAAAUCUGUUGGAGUAAAAACAGCUUCAGUUCCCAAGCAAAGAUCAGUAAGUCAUGAUAUGCCAGAUUUAAAUGUGAAAGAUGAAACUAUCGACAGUGAUUUAGAAAAAGCCAUCGAAGAGUCAAAGAGAAUGAUGGAACUUGAAAAGGCUAAAAGGGAAAAGGAAGAAAGAGAUUCAGCAAGAACAUUGCAUUCAUCAAGUGAAAUUCCCCAAGCCAAUACAAGUGCAGCAUCUUCAGAUGCAUCAGCUGUAAGAACUUCGGAAAGAACUGAAACAAUACCAAAAAUGACUUCAUUACCCAGCUUAGAUGCAAUCGAACCCGAACCCCCCAAAGUGUUGAUUGAAAAAGACAUAAACAAGGCGCCCGUAUUACCUGCAAAAGUAACAUCAAAUCCGACUAAUAAGAUAAUGAAGCGCCCUUUAAGUGACAAAAGGUCAGAAUCUGAGGCAGCCAUUACAAAGAAGCAAAACAAAAUGUUAAAAAAUCAAGAAAAUAAACCUGCAUUGCCCAAGCAAGCUCCUGAACCACCAAAGGAUGAUGGGCCAAAAUUGAUCUAUGAAGUGACAUCUGAGGAUGGAUUUAACUACAGUUCUUCGUCAUUAUCGGAUUUGUGGUCUAAAGUUAUAGAAGCAGUUCAGAAUGCUAGAAAGGAUUCUGGACUUCCUCUUAUGCAGUAUAAUCUUCCAUCAACUUUAUCUGGCGCACAUUUACUUGGGCUGAACAAUAAUGCUUUGAGAUAUCUCGUUGAACAAUUGCCAGGAGCAAAUCGUUGCACUAAAUACAAGAUCCGACAAGGGCGACCUCUGAAUAGCUGGGAUAACGACCUGGAUCUCAGCGAAGGGUUUAAAGAGAGUCCUUGGGGUAGCGCUCGCACAGGACCGGUCGCAAGGAAACAGAACCACGACAUGUUUAGCUGGAUGGCGUCACCGUUUAGAGAAGAGCCGCCUCCAUUUGGUGGACAAGAAGGAGAAAGCUCUAUUUCCAGGCGUUUGGCGACAUUACCGCCAGCAAUGAGAUUCAGACAACUCAAAGAGACAUCGAAAGCAUCAGUGGGCGUGUAUAGAUCACACAUACAUGGACGUGGUCUAUUCUGCAAACGUGACAUUGAAGAAGGCGACAUGGUAAUUGAGUACGCGGGCGAGGUGAUCCGCGCGGUGCUGGCGGACCAGCGCGAGAAGCGCUACGAGGCGAUGAGCGGCCGGCGUGGCGUCGGCGGCUGCUACAUGUUCCGCAUUGACGACAACCUCGUCGUUGACGCCACGCUUAAGGGCAACGCGGCGCGGUUCAUCAACCACUCGUGUGAUCCAAACUGUUACUCUCGCGUCGUCGACAUCCACGGACACAAACAUAUACUUAUCUUCGCAUUGCGGCGCAUCACCGUCGGCGAAGAACUUACCUACGACUACAAAUUCCCUUUCGAAGAAAUCAAGAUACCGUGCACAUGUGGAGCUAAGAAAUGUCGCAAGUAUCUAAACUAAUUAUGGACACGUUGAUAAACAGUGCUUUCAAUUUUGUGUCAAUUACGACAAAACACUAUUACUAUCAGAGACAAUCUGCCCCAAGUAUGGGCGGAAAUUUGAGAAGCUGCUAACGGCAACUAAACUAGGAUCACACGUUUGAACUUCAACUUAAUUAGGAAAUACUUAUAGAUUAGUCUACUUAAUUGUAUUUCAUUGCAUUGCGAUUAAGAGAUAUGUUUCAACUUAAUUUUCCAAUAGCAUAAUUAUUAUGGAAGUACAUUACUGAUUAAGACGAUAACAUUUUUGAUAAUUUUGAUGAAAGAGUUAUUUUUUGGUAUGGAUAAAGAUCUCGUUACAACGUUAUACUUCCCUAGUGUAGGGACGUAUGUACGAGACGAAAUGCUGGGUUGAGCACAAAUUUGCGUGUAGAUAGUAUAUAUAAGACAAUAAGUCCAAAUCACAUAUCGCGAUGGUCCCACCUCAUAUUGACAUAAUAUUCUGUGCCAGUGGAGAUUGGAUACAUUUACAUGAAUCUUGUUAUGAUCUCUUUAUUGAAUCUGCCCAGUGUUUAAAAUUGUUGGAUUGUAUAUUUUAUUGGUUUUUAACUAAAAUAUAUUUCGUAUUUUGUGAUAAGUUUACGAUAUUUUUGUAAAUAUUUUUAUGUUGUAUCAUUUUGUAAGAUCGGUAACGGUUCGCGAUCGGCUUAAGUGCCCGCACUUAACAUUGUUGUGAUAUGUGUCUAGCCCGACCCGGGUGUAAAAAGCGUUAGUGCAUAGUGUAUAUUAUAUUUGUUCCUCAUUUGUUCUUAUUUCUUCACUUGUGAUCAGUUAGGUCUCGACUAAUACAGGCGUAUCUUGUGUACAUACUUUGUAGAUGAAGAAUAGCUAUAAUUACCAGUACAUUCGAACGAAGGGUAGUAAGUUACAAGUACAAUGUUACUUUUUAGUAAUUUUUAAUAAGUAUUGUAUAGAGAAUGUGUAAAUAAGAGGAAUUAUUUGUCAUAAUAACUUGGUUAAGCGACAAAUCGUUUUAUUGUAGUCAUAGCGGUAGGAUGUACUUUAUAUUAUUUUAUGUAUUGUAUAUAAUAUAAGUUAUUCGGUGUGUGGGUUCGACGAGGUUGUUAUUGGAAGUGAAGAGUUGUUGUACGAUCCCCGUAAAGCGGCACGUUUUAACUUGACAAUGCACAUUUGUUAGCUUUAAUACUUUCAGCACAGCUUGGGUUUAAAUGAAGUUUUAUUUGAUUCGUUUACGUUUUGUUUUUUAAUUCGUGUGUUUCCAACGUAAAGCAAAAUCAGUCCGAAAGUAGAAAUAAACAUCACAUUAUCAUCACAUUAUUUAAAUACCAAUUGAAUUUGCUUUGAAGGUUUAUAGUGGAGAUACAGGCGUACAAGGAUAUAAUUUAUAGCUGCUGCACUCAAAAAGCAGUAUUAACGUAAUGUAUUUUAAAGUCAAUAGAACAGAUUUAAAUAGAUUUUAGUAGUUUUAAAUUAAAAUUUGUACAUCUACUUGCACUAAUGAUAAUAAUAGGAUUUUUGAUUCCAUGUCAAAAAUAGUAAAUUUGAGUGUGUUUUUCCAAAAAAAAAAA